CUUGUUCGACUGUCAGCCCACAGCAAGCCCAAUUCUUGAUUUUGAUUUUGUUAGCCCUAACCCCCAAAUCCAAUUUCAUCAACAUUUCGUAAAUCGUCUGCUUCUUCGGUUCCGUCGGAGGCUUUGUAAGGUUAGCUGCAUAGCGGAAACCUGCCGGGUGGUUUGAGUUAGGUCUAGUAACCACCUUUGCAGUGGGCCAGUCAGUUUGUGGGUUGCAGGCUACCCCUCUGAUCCGGCACCUCUACUUCCAUGUGUUUUUUCUUGGAAAAUGUUCACAACUUGGAUGAUGUUUGAUAUCAGAGCUGAAUAUCAAUGGUGAAGGGCAAGGCAUGGCGAAUCAUCCCAAGACCUCUGUUGGAAACUGUGCUCAACAACCACGCGCAACAUCACCGUGUACAUCAACCUCUUGUCCUUCAUGGUCCUCGUGGUGUUGGCAAAACCACCCUUAUCCUUGAACGUCUAUAUGAGAAAUGGAACAUUGGCCCUCAUGUUACUGGUUAUGUAGACUUUGCGGAGUCUGUAGAGGAUUACCAUCCAAAGCAUGGUAACUCAUAUCCAUGGGCAUCAUGGACCACUUGUUCACAGCCAAAACUUGCUACGUUGAAGGCUCAACUUGAACAUUGCCUGGAAUCCCUGACUCACAGGGCCAUCAAACUUGGAAUCAUUAGUUCCCAUGAAAUAUUUACUACUCUUAACAAAUGGCAUAGCCCAACCACUGCUCUCAACCAAAUUUUGAAUAUGGACUCGAGUUCCAAAGUGCGAACCGUAAAUAAGAAAAACAAACUGUCCUUAUUAAAUUUGUGGGAUAGUGCAAUUUUUAAGUUAUCUGCUGGACUUAGUGAACAUGAGUUAGAUGGGGUUUUGGAUAAGAGAAUUACUGGAGAGGAAAUAUCAUAUUAUAAAGAAGCUAUAGUGGCGUUGAAGUUGGCCAAAGAAGUGAUUCAGUGUCAAGAAAGGUGGAGGAAGAAUGCCAUUCUCCAUAUGAACAAUGAGGGUCGAUUUUCCAGGUCUCUAGCCAAUUCAGCUACUGAUUGGCCUUGUUUAUUGAUUGAGUUAUUGUCGCUGGCAGCUGAAGUAGACUAUUUUCAGCCAAAGCUUGUGUUGAACAACAUUGAAGUUCUGAAGAAUGCUGUUUCGGAGGAUGAUAAAACAAUAUGCGGCUCAAUGUACCAUGACAGUCUGAUUUGGAGAAUAAUAGCUUUGGGUGUAAAUGAGAGGUGUCUUCCUGUCAUUCUUGUGACAUCUGAUAGCUAUUACUCGUACAAAGCUUUUAUAGAUUUUGGAUUUCCCGAUCUUUUCAUUUCUCGCGAGACAUUUGGAUGGACUCCAGAAGAAGCAAAGAUGCAUAUGGUUGGUGAUUACUUUAGCCAGCCUGAGUGGGAUGUGAUUGUUGAAGUUCUUGGGCCAAAUCCACGUCAUCUUUUUGAGGUUUACGCACUUAAGCAAAGUAGUUAUUACCAGAAGGUUAUGAAUUAUGAGAGCACAGUUGAAGAUAUUGUGGAUCUCUAUUUAGCAUAUUUGCAGGUAACUGUGGUCAAUCCUGCCAUGGAUAAGGCAUUGUUGCUCCUGGAGAAGUUUGCUGUUGAUGCUCAAAGUGGAAAAUUUUUGAAGGAUAGAUUACGAUUUGGAUCUCCUUGGAGGCAUCCGCCUCAAAAUGAUAUCCUUUCCUGGGCUAAAAUUCAGCUAAUGGAUUUUGUUCAGUCCUUAGUUGUUGCAGAGUUUGGGGUUAAUUAUUUUGCUGACUAUAGUCUUGAAUUUUUUGACGAUCCUGCAGCUGUUGCAUUGAUAGAGGUUGGUUUACUCUACACCCAAAGAGAUCCAUCCUUUGUUCGGCCCGUCAGCCGUGGUAUUGAAAGAUGCCUAGUAAGAUGGCUUGUUCAAGAACGAAUAGGUUCGAGUUUUAAAAAGUCCCUCCAGUUCCAUUGGCAACGAAUUAUACGAGGCCGCAACUAUCGACAUCUAUUGCUACAAGAAGGAUACAAAUAGUGGAUUGCAGUAUGUAUAUACUAAUUCAUGUUUCAAAAUAAAAUUUUUAAUGUUUGAUGUGAAAUUUCGUGCUCUAGCUUAAUUAAGCAGAAAAUUUGAACUUUGAUUGUUGUUAUUUUAAGAUAUUUUGUGGCUGGUUCUUUUCUCACCCGAGAGACUCUUUGGCGUGAAACUUCCCCACCAAAUUGUUUGCUCCGACCUCUCGAUCAGAUGAUAUAUAUUGACGUAAGUUUUUGCUUC